AACAUCUAUAUUGUUGCGCUAACUGUUAAUGUUGUUGAUUGCCAAUUAAGACAGAUGAGUUGUUAGUAUAGCUGAAAUGGACUUAUUUGUAUAAUUUAGUGCCAAUAUGGCUUCAAUACAGCACCCCCGGUCUAUCUUCCAGGGUUAUACACAAUAUUGGAAGAUCAUGUACCACUAUGUUUGUUUACAAUAAGCUGCACUGAGGUCAGAAGGCAAUCACGUUUAUAUGAAGACACCAUGGAGCUGGCACGAGAUAUGGGUGGGAAAACGUACCUCAAUGCAGGGAUGGGAUAGGCCAUUGGACCUUUAUCUACACUAUGAUCAAGAUUGAAAUACUGCUAGUUUUCCAGAAAACAACCCUUUUUGCCCUCAUGCUAGCUAGCAGUCGCUACCGGGGCCAUUUUGGAAUGGCCGUGUCAACCAACCAACUCCUUUGUUCAAUGCAACGUGCCAUUCCAUAACAGCAGCUGAUAACUAGCAUGAGGAUGAAAAGGGCAGUUAUCCGGGAAAACUAGCAGUACUUCAAUCUUCUCGAUGGAGUAGUGUGGAUAAAGGUACAAUUUGGAGUUCAGUGGCAUAUCCCAUCCCUGCUUUGACGUAUGUUUCCCAACCCACGUCUAGCACCAGCUCCACACUGUCUUAAUGAAGAGCUGAUAAAGGAUGGUCUUUAAAAAAUGUAAUAGGGCGCGCCAACUAAAGGUGUUAACCAUCCACAUCUCUCAAGCCAACUGGUGCACUGUACCAGGUGCUCUUAAAUAUCCUUAGUACCAGCAAAGGUGAAACGCCUUCUGACUAACGAGAUGACAAGCCAGCACAGGUGUAACACAUACUGACUAACGAGGUGACGUCCAACCUCGAAAUCUAAAUGGGAAAACCAAAGCCUGUAACAAUGUGAUAUGAGAGUAGAGGGAUUUAUGUUUCUAGAACUGUGCUGCAAUUGAGAAUAGUUUCAUGUUUGGAUGCACUAUUUGUCUUGCUUCCAGAGCCAAUUCACCUUUAAGCAGAACAUCUAAAGUCCUUUGGUGAACUUCUAAAAAUACUGAAUAAGUUCUACAAGAGGAACGAGAUGCAAAAAAUUGCUGCGGAUCAAGGUCUCGAUGCUCGUCUCUUUCACCAAGCCUUCAUCAGUUUUCGGAAGUAUGUGCUGGAAGUCUCUACACUCAGUGCAGACCUUCAUAUCAUCCUCAAUGAUAUAUGCUGUGGAGCAGGCCACAUAGAUGACCUUUAUCCUUACUUCAUGAGACAUGCCAAGCAGAUUUUCCCCAUGCUGGACUGCAUGGAGGAUCUACGAAAAAUCAGUGAUCUGCGUGUACCAGCUAAUUGGUACCCUGAGGCUCGAGCUAUACAGAGGAAGGUGAUAUUCCAUGCCGGUCCGACCAACAGUGGAAAGACCCAUCAUGCAAUUCAGAGAUACCUGGCUGCCAAGUCUGGUGUCUACUGUGGACCGCUGAAGCUGUUGGCCCACGAGAUCUUUGAAAAGAGCAACACUGCUGGCGUGCCAUGUGAUUUGGUGACAGGAGAAGAGAGAACAUUUGUGGAUGCAGAGGGGAGACAAGCUGAGCAUGUGGCCUGUACUAUCGAGAUGUGCAGUGUCACAACUCCAUAUGAAGUAGCGGUUAUUGAUGAGAUCCAGAUGAUUAGGGACUUUUCGAGGGGAUGGGCCUGGACCAGGGCUCUUCUCGGUUUGUGUGCUGAGGAGAUCCAUGUGUGUGGAGAGUCUGCUGCGAUUAACUUUGUCACAGAACUCAUGUACACAACAGGUGAAGAGGUGGAGGUUCGUAACUACGAGAGGCUCACUCCGUGUUCAAUUCUGGACCGUGCUGUGGAGUCUCUGGAUAACCUGAGACCAGGCGACUGCAUCGUCUGCUUCAGCAAAAACGAUAUUUACUCCAUCAGUAGGCAGAUCGAGAUCCGAGGCCUGGAGUGUGCAGUCAUCUACGGAAGCCUUCCACCUGGGACCAAGCUAUCUCAAGCAAAGAAGUUCAAUGACCCAGAGGACCCAUGUAAGAUCCUGGUUGCAACGGAUGCCAUUGGGAUGGGACUAAACCUGAGUAUCAAGAGAAUCAUCUUCAACUCCUUGGUGAAACCCAACAUCAAUGAGAAGGGUGAGAAGGAGCUGGACACCAUCUCCACGUCUCAGGCUCUCCAGAUCGCCGGGCGGGCAGGACGCUUCAGCUCCAUCUUUAAAGAGGGCGAGGUCACCACCAUGCACCGCGACGACCUGCCUAUCCUCAAGGAGAUACUCAGCAGGACCGUCCAUGCCAUCGAGAUAGCUGGGCUGCACCCUACAUCAGAGCAGAUUGAAAUGUUUGCCUACCACUUACCUGAUGCCACCCUGUCCAAUCUGAUAGAUAUAUUCGUGAGCCUCUCCCAAGUUGAUGGUAUGUACUUUGUGUGCAACAUUGAUGACUUCAAGUUUCUGGCUGACAUGAUCCAGCACAUUCCCCUCAACCUGCGCUCUCGAUAUGUGUUCUGCACUGCACCCAUCAACAAGAAGCAGCCCUUUGUGUGCACCUCCUUCCUGAAGUUUGCCAGACAGUUCAGCAGAGAUGAGCCUCUGACCUUUGACUGGGUGUGUCGGCUCGUCAGCUGGCCCCUGGUCCCACCCAAGAACAUCAAGGACCUGGUGCACCUGGAGGCUGUCCAUGAUGUGUUAGACCUCUACCUCUGGCUCAGCUAUCGCUUCAUGGACAUGUUCCCGGAUGCCAAUCGUGUCCGAGAGAUCCAGCAGGAGCUGGACAGCAUCAUCCAGUUGGGCGUGCGCAACAUCACACGACUCAUCCGAGCCACGGAGACCAGCGCCACCCCUGGGACAGACCCCCUCUCCAACCAGAGGAGGCCGGGGCCCAGCCCAGUAUCCCCAAGGAAGGUUCGAGGAGCUCCCAAAGCCCAGGACAGUGGAGUAGAGGCUGGGCAGCUGGACAAGUCCCUAGGCUCCCGCCUAGUGCAGGAGGGCUUACUGACUCCCGACCUCCUAAGGCAAUUGCAGAAGGAGUGGUCCAAGGAGCACCGUCAAGAGGAAGUAGGAGGCAAACUGGUUGCGGAAACUUUGAACAAUAAAAUUUAAAGGGAAGAAAAAGUGACCGCUCCAGUCUCCGAAUUAGUUGUUGUGAAAAACAGGACCUGUUUCCGGUUAUUUUGACGGGACUUCAUACCAGGCUGUAUUAUGCAGCUGUUGACCAAUUGGACUGUGUGUGUCCCAGCUCCUGUCUAUAACUGCUCAAAAACAGUCAUUUUGUGGGCCGAAGGGUAAAUAAAUAUCUUAUUACAAAGUCAUUUUGUCUUAUUUUAUAUCACUUGAAAAGUAAAAUGGUUGACUGCAUCACGUAGAUAGUCCGUCUCAUGCAGAAAGCAAUGACACAUUUUUACAUGGGGAGGUAACAUACCUUGAGCAAUUUGUGCCCAUCCUAUGCUUGGGCUAGACUACUGUAACAGAAACUCAAAUGUUUUAUGAGACAUCGUCUCUUGCACUUUACACCACUAAUUAUAUGCUCCUAUGUAUGAUUUGCGAAACUGACAGUUCAAGUGAUAAUGUGAUUGAUAAAAUAAAAGUUACAUUUUUCUUU